AUGCUGCGUCUUCUCUCUCGCCCCAUCCGCACCGUCGCCCCAAUCUUCCGCAGAACAAUGGCUUCCACACCAGAUUUUAACAAGCCUCUGUACACACCCCUUGCAGAGCUUGACCCUGAGGUCCAAAACAUCAUCGACAAAGAGACAUGGAGACAAUUUUCUGGCCUCGAGCUCAUUGCCUCAGAGAAUUUGACGAGCCGUGCUGCGAUGGAAGCGAACGGCUCGAUCCUCACUAACAAGUACUCGGAAGGUCUCCCUGGCGCGCGGUACUACGGCGGUAACGAAUAUGUCGACGAACUUGAGAUUCUCUGCCAAAAGCGCGCUCUCCAGGCGUUCCACCUUGACCCUGCAAAAUGGGGCGUUAAUGUCCAGCCGUACUCGGGUAGCACUGCGAACUUUGCGACUCUCACCGCCCUGCUUCAACCGCAGGAGCGUCUCAUGGGUCUUGGCCUCCCUGAUGGUGGUCAUCUCACGCAUGGGUACUUUACUGCGAAGAAGAAAAUGACGGCAUCGUCGAUCUACUUUGAGUCGCGUCCGUACGGUCUGGACCACUCGACACAGCUGAUUAACUAUACGGGGCUGGCGGAGGAGGCGCGGGGCUACAAGCCGCAGCUGGUGAUCUGUGGCGCAUCGGCGUACCCGCGGGACUGGGAUUACAAGGCACUGCGGGCGAUCGCGGACGAGCACGGCGCGUACCUGAUGGCGGACAUCGCGCACACGAGCGGGCUGGUGGCCGCGGGUGAGCUCGCGGAUCCGUUCCAGUACUGCGAUGUCGUCACGACCACGACACACAAGACGCUGCGCGGCCCUCGCGCGGGCAUGAUUUUCUUCAGGAAAGACAAGGACCUCCAGAAACGCGUGAACGAUGCGGUAUUCCCUGCGUGCCAGGGCGGUCCCCACAAUAACACGAUCGCGGCGGUCGCAACGUCACUGUUGCAGGCGUGCCAGCCUACAUGGAAAGCAUACGCGAAGCAGGUGAUCGCGAACGCGCAGACGCUCGGAGAGGAGCUCGUCGCGCACGGUUAUAAGCUGCAGACGCAGGGUACGGAUAACCACCUCGUACUUUGGGACCUUCGCCCGCUCGGUCUCACUGGCAGCAAGCUCGAGAAGCUCUGCGAUCUCGUCGGGAUCACUAUCAAUAAGAAUGCUGUGUCUGGCGAUGCGUCGGCACAGGUGCCGGGCGGUAUCCGGCUGGGCACGUCCGCGUUGACAUCGCGAGACAUGCUCGAGAGCGACAUUAAGGUCGUCGCAGGCUUCCUGCACCGGUCUGUACAACUCGCACUUGUGCUGCAAAAGGAGGCGGGCAGCAAGCUACUCAAGGACUUCCUGCGCGUCGCGACGGUGGAGGAGGAGGGCAAGCAAGGCGCGCGGCUCGUGCGCGAGCUCCGCCGGGAGGUGCGCGUGUUCGCGCGGCGAUGGCCCGUCCCCGGCGUCGACGUCUCGACGCUCACGCGGCCUGCGGGCAUCGAGGAGGAUUACUGA